GUACCCAUCUUUCUUGACAAUAAGUCGCGUGGACACUAUGAAGGUUAUUGUAAAGAAGUUCUCUGGCCUCUGUUUCACUAUAUUGUCUGGACCUCAACAUCCGAUGGUCGUGCUGAAAAGCAGAACUGGGAAGACUAUGUAGCCGUAAACCAGCAGUUUGCUGAUACAAUUAUUGAAUACUAUAGACCAGGAGAUAUAAUCUUUAUUCAGGACUAUCACCUCUUGCUCGUUCCCCAAAUGAUACGGGCCAAAUUACCCGAUGCUGCUGUUGGUAUCUUUCUUCAUGCCACAUUUCCAAGCUCUGAGAUAUUCCGGUGUUUGACAACCCGAAAUGAAAUUUUACGUGGUAUUCUUGGUGCAAAUCUAGUUGGAUUUCAGACUUACUCGUAUGCUCGCCACUUCAUUUCCUCAAGCACUCGUGUCUUGGGCUGUGAAUCUACCCUGACUGGUGUAGACCUCGAUGGCCACGUUGCUUCAGUCGACACAUUCCCGAUUGGUAUCGAUGCCAACCGUGUCCACAAGUUUCGCAAAGAACCAGGCGUGCUACCCAAAAUGAAUGCUAUUCGUGAGAUGUAUGCCGACAAGAAGAUUAUAAUUGGUCGAGACAAACUAGAUUCGACCAAGGGUGUUCUUCAAAAGUUGCAUGCCUUUGAGAAGUUCCUGAGGGACUAUCCCGAGUGGCGUAAUAAGGUUGUCUUGAUCCAAGUAACUACUCCAACCCAUGGCGACCACUCCAAGCUCGAAAACAAGGUGUCCGAGAUUAUCAGUCAUGUCAAUGGACUCUAUGGUUCACUCGAGUUUACACCAAUCCAUCAUUACCACCAAAACAUCGAUCGCGAUGAAUACUAUGCCUUGCUGUCUGUUGCGGAUGUAGGAAUGAUUACCAGUGUACGGGAUGGAAUGAAUACGACUUCUUUGGAAUACAUCAUAUGUCAAUACGAGAAGCAUGGGCCCCUGGUGCUCUCUGAAUUUACGGGUACAGCUGGUUCUUUGAGCGCCGCUCUUUUGGUGAAUCCCUUUGAUUAUGCAGGCGUAGCAAAGGCCCUCAAUGAUUCCUUGACAAUGUCUGCAGAUGAAAAGGCUACUCGUCAUCAGCAACUCUAUAGCCAAGUUAUCAAACAUUCAGCAUCAUUUUGGGCCAAUUCAUUUGUAAAGCAUCUUGUUUCCAGUACAGAAGAAAGAGCUCUUCAGUCACACGAGGCUCCUGUUCUGGACACUGAAAAUCUUGUGAGAGAAUACAAGGCUGCAAAGAAGAGAUUGCUGCUUUUUGACUAUGAUGGAACUUUGACCCGUAUUGUGUCUGUACCAAAGGAUGCCAAACCUUCUCCAGAAAUGCUCAGCUAUCUGCAGACCCUCUGCGAUGAUCCUUUGAAUGAAGUAUGGAUUGUGUCCGGUAGAGACCAGAGUACACUUGUCGAAUGGCUGGGUGAGGUCAAGGGUCUGAACUUGAGUGCAGAACACGGUUGUUUCUCUAAACCACAAGGGGCUAAGACUUGGGCCAACAACCUGACAAAUGUGGAUAUGAGCUGGCAGCAGGAUGUGACCGAGAUCUUUGAUUACUACACCGAGAGAACCCAGGGAAGUUUUGUUGAACACAAAAAAUCUUCUAUUACAUGGCACUACCGUCUAGCCGACGUUGUGUAUGGUGCUUUCCAAGCCAAAGAAUGUCAAAACCAUUUGGAAAACGCUGUUGUCUCCAAACUGCCUGUUGAAAUCCUGGUCGGUAAAAAGAAUCUGGAGGUCCGACCACUGUCUAUCAACAAGGGCGAGAUUGUCAAAAAGAUAUUGGCCCAAAACCCGGAUGCCGACUUUGUGAUGUGUGCUGGAGAUGACAAGACGGACGAAGAUAUGUUCAAGGUUCUGAGUGCAGCACAGCACAUGGCGGUCAGUCACCAGCAACAGCUUAAUAAACAAGAGAAUAGUGGGUCCCCGAAAAUGGUCCCGGUGUUUGGACUCCAUGUGAAUACACCCGUCUAUUCGAUCGCAGUGGGGCCUGCAGAAAAGAAGUCGAUGGCCAAUUGGCAUGUUCGAACGAGCGAUGAUGUGGUAAAUGCUCUGGGCAGAUUGGCUACCACCCUGGGAAAAUAA